AUAUAUAUAUAUAUAGUAGGCAGAAAGGUUCAAUCUAAAAGCUAUGGAAAGCUUGUGGAGUUCAACUUCCGUUGCUACAAACAGCAACUUAAUGGUUUUUUUUUCUUGGGCUGAAACUUGAGUCAAGUAUUAUACUACUGGUGUCAAUUAUUUUAUAAAAGCAAUUUAAAAAUCAUAGACUAUAUAUAUAUAUAGUAGGAAUUUCUAUCAAUAGUAACUGACAUGUUUACAUUCUAUGGGAAAAAGAGAAGUCACGCCCCUUGAUCUUAGUGCAAUAACCCUGAGAAAUCUAUGGAAGAGUUCCGAGCAGCUAGUCAAAAACUUGGUGAUGGCGUGGGUGUAAAGUUUUUAAUGCAAAGCACAGGACUUGGAAUGAUUGCUGGCCAGUCACAGGAUAGAUUGAAUGGGCUGAAUCAAGAAGGACCAAGACAAAGAGCAGAAGCUUUGGCUGCUUUAAACUUUGCAUUUAAAUCAUCAUCCGGAACCAAAAGUUCUAGCCCUAAGACAACUGGAAGAAGUCAAGGAUCACAAAGAGCAGCAGCAGUAGCUGCUCUCUCUCAAGUUCUUACUGUUGAGAAGAAGAAACAAUCACCUGAUUCUUCUCCUGUGGCAACCAGAAGUCCUGUUGUGGAAACUAGCACUUCCGGUCAUACGAAGUGAAAUCCCCAACUUCUGUGCAGUUGCAUUAGCUCUCAAUGAGUUAGGAUACAAAGCAGUUGGCAUUAGACUGGACUCUGGUGACCUUGCCUAUUUGUCUUGUCAAGCCAAGAAGAUCUUUUGCUGCAUUGAAAAGGAAUUCACGGUGUCUGGCUUUGGGAAGACUAGUAUUACAGCUAGUAAUGAUCUUAAUGAGGA